GCCCAUCGGGCCGUACCCCCCACCCCUGCAGCAGGUGUUCCAGGCGCCCCGCAGGCCGGGCAUGGGCACCGUCGGCAAACCCAUCAAGCUGCUCGCCAACUACUUUGAGGUGGAAAUCCCAAAAAUGGAUGUGUACCACUAUGAAGUGGACAUCAAACCUGAUAAGUGUCCUCGACGGGUCAACAGGGAGGUUGUGGAGUACAUGGUCCAGCAUUACAAACCGCAGCUCUUUGGUGACCGAAAGCCAGUGUAUGAUGGGAAGAAGAAUAUCUACACUGUUUUAGCGUUGCCUAUAGGCAGUGAAAAGGUUGACUUCGAGGUGACCAUCCCCGGCGAGGGGAAGGAUCGCAUCUUUAAAGUGUCCAUUCACUGGCUGGCCAAAUUGUCGUGGCGGCUGCUGCAGGAGACGCUGGUCAGCGGACGUCUGCAGGUCCCACUGGACUCUGUCCAAGCCCUCGAUGUGGCCAUGAGACACCUGGCCUCCAUGAGGUACACUCCAGUGGGACGCUCCUUCUUCUCCCCUCCUGAAGGCUACUACCAUCCUCUGGGUGGAGGCAGAGAGGUGUGGUUCGGCUUCCAUCAGUCUGUUCGGCCGGCCAUGUGGAAGAUGAUGCUCAACAUUGAUGUAUCUGCAACAGCCUUUUAUAAAGCUCAGCCUGUCAUUGAGUUCAUGUGUGAAGUUCUGGACAUCCGUAACAUUGACGAGCAGCCGAAGACGCUUACCGACUCGCAGAGGGUCCGUUUCACCAAGGAGAUCAAAGAUCGGCAACACACCUACCUGCCCCUGGAGGUGUGUAAUAUUGUAGCAGGGCAGCGGUGCAUCAAGAAACUGACAGAUAAUCAAACCUCCACCAUGAUCAAAGCCACAGCGCGAUCAGCACCAGACAGACAGGAGGAGAUCAGCAGACUGAUGAAGAAUGCUGACUUUAAUCUGGAUCCCUACAUUCAAGAGUUUGGAAUCAAGGUGAAGGACGACAUGGCCGAGGUGACGGGGAGAGUCCUUCCCGCUCCCAUCCUGCAGUACGGCGGUCGGAAUCGUGCCAUUGCGACUCCCAACCAGGGUGUGUGGGAUAUGAGGGGAAAGCAGUUCUACAAUGGCAUCGAGAUCAAAGUCUGGGCCAUCGCUUGCUUCGCCCCGCAGAAACAGUGUCGGGAAGAGGUGCUCAAGAACUUCACCGACCAGCUGCGUAAGAUCUCAAAGGACGCUGGGAUGCCGAUCCAGGGUCAGCCGUGUUUCUGUAAGUACGCACAGGGAGCCGACAGCGUGGAGCCCAUGUUCAGACACCUGAAGAACACCUACUCCGGACUGCAGCUCAUCAUCGUCAUCCUGCCCGGAAAAACACCCGUCUACGCGGAGGUGAAGCGUGUGGGAGACACUCUUCUAGGAAUGGCCACUCAGUGUGUUCAGGUGAAGAACGUGGUGAAGACCUCCCCUCAGACGCUCUCCAACCUCUGCCUCAAAAUCAACGUCAAACUCGGCGGCAUCAACAACAUCCUGGUGCCGCAUCAACGGUCGGCAGUGUUCCAGCAGCCGGUGAUCUUCCUCGGAGCAGAUGUCACUCACCCGCCGGCUGGUGAUGGGAAGAAGCCGUCUAUUACUGCUGUGGUGGGCAGUAUGGACGCUCAUCCCAGCAGGUACUGCGCUACAGUACGAGUACAGCGACCCAGACAGGAGAUCAUUGAAGACCUGUCGUACAUGGUGCGAGAAUUACUCAUCCAGUUCUACAAGUCCACCCGCUUCAAACCCACCAGGAUCAUCUUCUACAGGGACGGCGUACCAGAAGGACAGUUACCGCAAAUCCUGCACUACGAGCUGUUGGCCAUCAGAGACGCCUGCAUCAAGCUGGAGAAAGACUACCAGCCGGGCAUCACCUACGUAGUAGUGCAAAAGCGCCACCACACCCGCCUUUUCUGCGCUGAUAAAUCUGAAAGAAUCGGGAAGAGUGGGAACAUUCCAGCAGGAACUACGGUCGACACCAGCAUCACGCAUCCGUUCGAGUUUGAUUUCUACCUGUGCAGUCAUGCAGGUAUUCAGGGCACCAGCCGACCCUCACACUACUAUGUCCUGUGGGACGACAAUCGCUUUACAGCUGACGAGCUGCAGAUUCUCACCUACCAGCUGUGCCACACAUACGUGCGCUGCACCCGCUCCGUCUCCAUCCCAGCGCCUGCGUACUACGCCAGACUCGUGGCUUUCCGUGCCCGAUACCAUCUGGUGGAUAAGGAGCAUGACAGCGGGGAGGGCAGUCACGUCUCUGGACAGAGUAACGGUCGGGAUCCUCAGGCUCUGGCCAAAGCCGUGCAGAUUCACCACGACACCAUGAAGACCAUGUACUUUGCCUAAGCAAAUCUAUGCCACAGGGACCGCCACACACCCCUCGAGCCAGUUCACAGGGUGCUACCAGUCCCACAAAGCCCACAGAACCCAACAUGGAGGCUCACACUUUGAGUUUCGUUGAAUCUGGCUGAACUAUGCUCAUUUUUUUAUUUAAUUGUGUAUUAUUGUAUACUACCUUCGCACUCCCACAUGUACGUAUGUAUGCAAUAUGGAGGGAAGGAACACAGACGAAGCUGUCGUUUUGUAUGCCACCACAAAGCUGCCUCUUAACUCUGACGCCAGAGUUCAACGCCCCAAGUGGCGGAAUCGUUGUUACUUCCUCAUUAUUUUUCUUGUUGUGAAAUUUUCUUUUUAAAUGUUUAUUUUUGUGAAUGACAUGGUACAUUAGCACUUAGUUUUAGCUGAAAGACACCACGAGCCCAGCGUUUACAUGUCGCAAAAGAAGCGCAGGUAGUGAUCGACUGUAGCAUAAGACGCAGAUGCAGGUGUCUCGGAUGGAUUUUAGACUUGCCGUUAGUUAAAGAGUGGCCAAAUUAGCAUAACGAUUGAUGGACCACUGAGUGCUCACUGCAUUUGCACUCUCACAUCAGCAUAACACCGAAACCAGCAUUAUGCACCAGCCAAACGCCAUGCCAACUGGUGACAAAGGGCCCUCGUCUGUAAAACGUGCGUUUUACUGCACUUGAAAAGGAUGAUUUUGCUCAGUUUUUUUUAACUUCCAGUGCACAUAAAUCUUCCUGAACUUACAGGAGUAGUUCACCCAACAAUGACAAUUUUUUAAAAUCAUUUAUUCACCCUCGUGUCAUUGCAAACCCUGGAUUUUUUUUUUCUUCCAUGAAACAGAACGAGCCGUUUUCAGUGCAACACUAGAUAGAGGGUGAUUUAUACUGUAAAGCGCCAUGUAAGUGUAUAAAACUAGCCCGCAUGACUUACAUAUUAUAAUCCAAUCUUUUUGAAGUCAUAUUUUAGAUUUGUGUAAGAAAAAGACACAAAUGUAAGUUAUUAUUCACUAUUUUUAAACUUUGCUUUUUGUGUUUCAAAUACGCCUGUAAAAGAGAUUUGAGAGCUGCAAUGAAGGAGACGAUAAUCAGUUGAUAAUCACGUAAUUUUUGGUCUGUUCCUUACAUAAAUUUAUUAUGUGAAUACAGAAGACUUGGAAUACAGUAUUUUCAUGGCAGUAUAA